UUUUCUUCCAGUGCAACAAUGUUUGCUAUAAAAUUUUGGGUAGAAAUUAACAUCUCAACUACAUUGUCUGUUACACUGCGUCGGAAUGUGCUUUGAAAAGUUAUUGUUUACAAAAUAAGUAUGCAUCAUUGUUAGCAAUGGAUAAAGCAACAGCCAGGGACAAACGUCGUCAGGAUAAACAUCACAAACAGCCUCUUUCCGAUAAGCAGAAAGCUAAAAUCCAAAACGCAACUAAGAAGAACAAAUCACUUGCUGCUACUGUUCCCUAUCUGCCAAAAUUGGAAUCUUUUUACGACGAUUCCUUCACAAAGCGAGCUAUCGAACCUAACUGGACCAGCAGCCGAGAUCUUCCCGCCAGUGAGAGUGAUUCCGAGGACGACCAGCUGAAUGCCGCGGAUUUCGAGAAACUCCUGCAAAUGCCGCCCACAAGCGGUGGUCAUUUCGUUCUGAGUACCGAAAAACACUGGAUGAACCAGGAAGGUGAUCCUUCGUUGAACACCGAAAAUAUCACCCAACGAUAUGGCAAAUAUUUCAGGAUUGAUACCAAGGAAUUGAACAUGUGCUUAUCGACGAUACCACUCUACGAAAGAAAUGGAUAUUCUCGGGAGAUAUUCAGCAAACAGGAAAUCGAUUCCAUGGAUCUGAAAGCGCACUAUGCAAGUAAAAAGUAUGAGGAAAAUCUCACCAAGCUUAAAAAUAAGAGAAGUCAACUAGAGUCAAAAUCAUUGGUGGAUAAAAUUCAGGUUGACGAUAAGCCUAUUACAAGAACUCAACAAGAGGAAGUUAUCGCGCCAGCCAUGCAAUUGGUAUCGUCUUUAAUUGACUCGUUAACACUCACUGCUGAACCAAGUAAUGGAGAAUCCCCAGCUGUUGACAUCAAUAUCCAUAAAACCAUCAUCGAAGACACAGUCAAGAUCGAAUCUUUGGAACAAGACAUCGUGCCUAUCGGGUGUGACAAAGGAAUAAUUAAAAGUUCCUCAAAUGUCCCCUCGAACUCCCCCUACGAAGAAUCGACGCCGAAAUGUGCUCCUGAGUCCCAGGAGGAUAUUCAGCGGUGGUUAGACGACAUACUUGAUAUGUAGCAUAGUUUGAUUGGGAAAUACUGGCACUGAUUAUUGAUUUUUCGUGAUAAUACAUUUCACUGGAUUAUAAUUAAGGAAAUAAUCGUUUCGAAGUUUGGACAUUUAUUUUCAUUUAUUAUGAUGUUUUCUGGUAUCCCGGUAGUUUCCAUAUGUAUAUGCAUUAUUUACUACUACCGGUCACGUUUGGAUCAUUUCUGAGUUCCGGUGGAAGAGCCAUUGGUCCGACCAAACACGGGACUGGCGGCGGUGGUACUGGUCCUGCAUCCGCUGUCUCCGGUCGUGCUGGUGGUGGUUCGGCUGCUCCAUCCCGAGGAGGCAAAGCGUCAGGUCCAAUCAUACACGGCGAUGGUUGGGACGGUCUAUUUUCGGACAUUUCACUCGAGUGCCUUCAAAUAUUGCGUAAAAAAUGGACGGUUCUAAUGAUUUGCAACCUUACUGAACCAAGAUAUUUA